AUGAGAGUAAUUGGCCAUCGAGGUGGAGGAUAUGAUUAUCCAGAAAACAGUCUAUCAGCUUUUAAUAAUUGUAAAGCUAAAAGUUGCAAUACUGUGGAAAUGGACUUGAUGCGGACAAAAGAUAACAUUCCUAUUAUAUUUCAUGAUGAAACUAUUGAAAGACUUACCGGUAAAAUUGGUAGUAUUAAAGAUAUGACUUGGGAUGAAUUAAAAGAAUUAGAUAUAAGUUAUAAUCAUCCUCUCAGAGAAACUUUUAAAGGUACUGAGAGAAUAUUAUUAUUCAACGAAGCAAUAGAACAAUGUUUGAACAACGAUCUUAAUAUAUUAAUUGACAUAAAAGAUUCAAACUUAGACUUUGUUCAAAUAAUAAUUGAUGCCUAUAAAAAAUAUCCAAAGUUAUAUGAAAAAGCUUUUAUAACAAGUUGUUUUCCUGUUACUAUUUAUAUGAUAAGAAGACGUGAUCCACGAAUAAUAACAUGUUUAGCAUUUGAACCAAAAGUAUUUUCACAAAUAGUCAAUGACAGUUUAAAAGAACAUGGUCUAACACGCACAAAAAAUCCAUUUAAAAAUUUAUCUAUUUUUUUACUUGACAUUUUACACGAAUGGGCAUUAAUGCGUUUCACUUAUUUCGUUCUCGGCAUCUCAUGUGUUCUUCUACACAAAGAUAUAAUUAGUCCGUACGUAAAAAAAAAAUAA